CAAAGCUUAAAGCUUUCCGGUCCCCAAAGCCGUAACCUUUCGGAAACAAAAAUGGAGGGAGAAGACAACACGGUAUCCACCGACUUCCCUCUCUUCAAACCCAGAGCAUCUCAACCCGAACCCAAACCCGACCCGGGUCCCACUCCCACUCAUGUCCCCGCCGCCGAACAACCGGAGCUCGAGCGGUCCACAGACCCGGACGCGAACGCCGACGCCACCUUCGCCGACCUCGGCCUCGCCGACUGGCUCCUCGCGACGGUCGCCGAGCUCGGGAUGAAGAAGCCGACGCCGGUUCAGGCCAACUGCAUCCCCAAGGUCCUGGAGGGCCGCGACGUUCUCGGCCUGGCCCAGACCGGUAGCGGCAAGACGGCGGCGUUCGCGCUGCCCAUCCUGCAGCGGCUGGCGGAGGGGCCUUAUGGGGUUUUCGCACUGGUGAUGACGCCGACGCAUGAGCUGGCGUACCAGAUCGCCGAGCAGUUCCGGGCCUUCGGGUCGCCGCUGAAUUUGCGGUGCUCCGUGAUUGUCGGAGGCAUGGAGAAGCUGAAGCAAGCUCAGAGCUUGAUGACUAGGCCUCAUGUGGUUAUCGCCACGCCGGGUCGGGUCAGGGAUUUGCUCCAGGAGGACCCGGAUUUCCCCUCGGUUUUCUCCAAAGCCAAGUUUCUAGUGUUGGAUGAGGCAGAUAGGUUGUUGAAUUCGGAGUUUGAGACCGAUUUGAGAGUGGUGUUUCAGUGCCUGCCAAAGAAUCGGCAGACAUUGUUGUUCUCUGCAACCAUGACCAGUGACCUUCAAGCAUUGAUUGAGGUUUCGGAAAAUAAGGCCUACUUUUAUCAGGCGUAUGAGGGUAUGAAGACGGUGGGGACUCUUACACAGAAGUAUGUCUUCAUGCCCCGUGAGGCGAAAGAAGUUUAUUUGGUGCACAUUUUGUCGAAAAUGGAAGAUAUGAAGAUCAAGUCGGCCAUUGUAUUCGUCUCAACGCUAAUGAACUGUCACUUGUUGAACUUUUUACUGGAGGAGCUUGGUCAAAGUGUUUCGGCUUUGCAUUCAUCCAAGUCACAGCCUCUAAGACUUUCUGCAUUACAUAAGUUCAAAUCUGGACAGGUUCCUGUAUUGAUCGCAACUGAUCUUGCCAAUCGGGGUUUGGAUAUUCCUACAGUUGAUCUAGUAAUUAAUUAUGAUACUCCAAGUGAUCCAAAGGAUUAUGUCCACCGUGUCGGACGUACUGCAAGAGCAGGCAGAGAAGGUUUAGCUAUCAGUUUUGUAACCCAACUUGAUGUAAAGCUGGUUCAUAAAAUAGAAGAAGAAGUUGGGGAACAAUUGGUAGAAUUUGAAUGCAAGGAGAAUGAGGUUCUUGAGAAUAUUCGUAAGGUUUACACAGCCAGACGUGUCGCGAAGAUGAAGUUGGCAGGAUCCACCUUCAUAGAACGAGAGAAAAAACGGAAAGAACGAACACUAAAGACGCUAGAAGCAAAAGGUUUAUUGAAAAAGAGGAGUAAGAAGAAGAAAAGAGAAAAAUCGACUGAUAAAUCCGAUCUUGUAUAACCUGUCGUUCUCUGGACUCUGCAUAGGAAUACUAGAGCUGUCCUGGAUGGCUGGAUUCAUUUCGUCAAUUUGAUCAUUGUUUGUGCACCAUGAAAACGGAAAUUACGUCAGUUUUGUAGCUGUCAGUUUCUUACAGUAGUAAAAUAUGUAUUACAUGAUAUGUACCCUGGCACUGGGACAGUUUGAACAAGGUAUCAAGUUUCAUUUCUUUUCCUUGCA